CGUAAGCGUAUCAUUAUCUUGUUAGGCAUAACCCAUAGCCCACAGGAACUAACAGAUAAAAGGAGACCAUGGCCCAACUAAAUGAUUGAGCCCAAACUGGGUUGUCGAUUGAAACCCUAAACGAAACUCCGCUAAGUUGAUCCAAAAAUUCACUCGACGGAACUUACAUCCUGUCGAUCCACACCAUCUUCUCAUCGACAAAUCCCCCCUUUCUCCUUACAACCUUCCACUCUUCGAAACCCAAAUCGUUGAUCCAAACUGCAAUAUCAUGCGUCAUCAAGAAGUCGUUUCCCAUAGAGUUCAAAAUCUCCCAGUUGAAAGAUUCUCUUUCACAUGCAAAGACUUUAGGAUCUAUCCAGAAAUAGCACCAUUAAAAUAAAUACAAAAAUAGCACCCAGGCCACACAAAUUUCAAAAGUAGCACAUUUUUUUUCAAAAUCGCACCUUGGCCGUGCUGUUUACAUAUAAACCGCAACCUGAGGGUGCGGUUUGAGUUUCAGAGACUAAACCGCAUCGUGGCCAAGCGAUUUGCUUUCUGACCUAACAGAACCGCAUCAUGGCAAGGCGGUUCUUAGGCUGACCUAAUAAAACCGUCUGCUGAGAAUGCGGUUCUGUUUCUCCAACACAAACCGCAUCCUCAGGGUGCGGUUUUCAUUUGCCGACACACAAACCGCACCCUCCCCUUGCAGUUUGUGUGUCGUUCCCAUUUAUCCGACAUCCAGCAUGUUGGCCAUGCAGGUUGACAGACGUGUGGCUGCAAGGUAGAUCAAAACCGUACCCUCCCCCUGCGGUUUUCAGUGAUGAUUUAGCCUAUAAAAGGCAGCCUCGGGAAACCACUUCUCUUACACACCUCUCCUUCUUCUUCAAUUUUCUGUUGAAGCACCAUACUUUUUAUUAUUUUGCGAUUAACGUUAACUCGUAAGUUUAUUUUGUAUUACUUUUUAUUGUCAUUUGUGAUUUUUAUGAUUUUAACUGAAUUACGAUUUAUUGCAGAUGGUGGUAGAUAUUAGCUAGGCACGCGGAUGCCCAGCUCAACUCCCUCAUUGCAUCCCAUCUACCAAGGAGGAUCCUAAGCCAUCCACAACUAAUUAAAUUGUUGAAUUUUUUGAAGAACACUCCUCCAAUCAUGCCUAUGAGAUAGACUCCAACCGUUCCGUUUUUAGAAAGGGCAAGAUAACGUCGUUCCAUGAGAGCAGAUUGGUCGUACCCCUGUAGCGGAGUAUUUGGUAUGCCUCCUAUGUGCUCCACACGGUUGGAGUCGAUUAGGCAUGGUCGUACCAAAUACUCCGCUACAGGGGUACGACCAAUGUGCUCUCAUGGAACGACGUUAUCUUGCCCUUUCUAAAAACGGCACGGUUGGAGUCAGUUAUGCAUUUUUCGGGCAUAAAAAUCGGUCGUCAGCUCAUCACCGCAUUGGUGGAGAGAUGGCAAAAAGAGACACAUUGCUUCAACUUUCGCGAAGGAGAGUGCACCAUCGCUCAAAAGGACGUCGCUAUCCUAACCCUUCUGCCCAUUGACGGCAAAGCGGUGUGUGUGAGUGAUCAUCGUCCGAGGAUGUUGGCGAUAUGACCGGUUGGCAGCAUUUGAUCUACAUUGUUUUAGGGGUGCGAGUGGCAGUCAAGGGGAGCGUUGAUGCGACAGAUCGCUUAGCACCAUUGAGAAAAAAUCAAGUAUCAAUCACUUGGUUGACGAGGAAAGUCCCGAGGAGGUGAAGGAAAGAUAUGCCCGUGUCUAUCUCAUAGGCAUGAUCGGAGGAGUGUUCUUCUCCGAAAAAGAAAAAAAAAUCCAACCAAUUAAUUAGCUGUGGAUGGCUUAGUAUCCUCCUUGAUAGUUGGGAUGCGAUGGGGGAGUUGAGCUGGGCAUUGGCUUGCCUAGCUAAUAUCUACCACCAUUUGUGUAAUGCAUCUCUCAAAACUGUGAGGGAGGUUGGCGGGGCAAUGUUCAUCGUUCAAUUUUGGGCUUGGGAGCAUCUGUCAUGGAUUGCACCAUAGAUUAUUGUACCUCAAGAAUUCGAGCAUGACAUCUACUUCAUUCUGAGUGGUUAUGAGAUAUUCCUCAUGCCACAACGACCCGCCUUCUCUGUUUGGAUAUCGGUAUACCAUACGAUCAACUCUUCUCGUGCCAUCCAUGCAAGUAACGUUAGUACAAAUUUGAUGGAGGUUUUCAAGCAUUGGUCACCGACGUAGGUGACCCCCUUUCGGUCACUUCUGUAUAACCAUUCCAACAUAACCCAAGUGUGAACUUAUGGAACGCCAUUACAAUAAAACCAUAAUUCAAUUAAAAUCGUAAAAAUCACAAAUCGCAAUAAAAAGUAAUACAAAAUAAACUUACGAGUUAACGUUAAUCGCAAAAACAAUAAAAAGUAUGGUGCUACAACAGAAAAUUGAAGAAGAAGAAGAAUGAGAGGUGUGAAGAGAAGAGGUUUCCCGGGUUUGCCUUUUAUAGGCUAAAUCAUCACUGAAAACCGCAGGGGGAGGGUGCAGUUUUGAUAUGUCAUGCAGCCCCACGUCUGUCAACCUGCAUGGCCAACAUGCAGGAUAUCGGAAAAAUGGGGACGACACACAAACCGCAGGGUUAAGCGAUUUGUGUGUCGGCAAAUGAAAACCACAGCCUGAGGAUGCGGAUUGUGUUAGAGAAACAGAACCGCAUCCUCAGCAGGCGAUUUUGCUAGGUCAGCCUAAAAAUCGCCUUGCCAUGAUGGGUUAUGUUAGGUUAGAAAGCAAACCGCUUGGUCAAGAUGCGAUUUAGUCUAUGAAACUCAAACCGCACCCUCAGAUUGCGGUUUAUAUGUUAACUGCACGUCCAAUGUGCGGUUUUGAAAAAAAUGUGCUACUUUUGGAAUUUUUCUGGUCUGGGUGCUAUUUUUGUAAAAAAAAUUAAUGGUGCAAUUUCUGGAAAAAUCCCAAAGUCUUUGCAUGUGAAAGAGAAUCUUUCAACUGAGAGAUUUUGAACUCUAUGGGAAACGACUUCUUGAUGACGCAUGAUAUUGCAGUUAGGAUCAACGAUUUGGGUUUAGAAGAGUGGAAGGUUGUAGGGAGAAAGGGGGGAUUUGACGAUGAGAAGAUGGUGUGGAUCGUUAGGAUGUAAGUUCCGUCGAGUGAAUUUUUGGAUAAUAGUAUGAACGUCUUUAGAAAGGGAUCUACAGAGGAUUUUGCUGAAACGAGGAAGAAGGGAGCAUGGAAAUGAGUCGGCGGCUGGGAUCUCAACUUAGCGGAGUUUCGUUUAGGGUUUCAAUCAACAACCCAGUUUGGG